AUGGAUGCGAAGGUCCCGGUCCCAGAGGAGGGGACGCCGUCUCUGGAGGAGCUACUGCGUCCUCCGUUGAGCACCGAGACGAGCAGUGCCCUUGAAGAGAUCCUGAAAAGGAGUCCUUUGGCGAAAGGUUUAUAUGACGUGGCAAGGCAGUGGCUCACGCAACUCCCCCAGGAGAAGCAGACGGCUGUUCUUCUCAUUCUACUCGGAUGGAGGCCCCCGAUCCGGAACGUCUCUUCUUCGGCCAUAUGGAUCAUGCAGAAGCACUUUGGCGACGACUUUCACGGGCUGACCAGGAGUAUAAAGCAACGGUACUAUCAGGCAGCCGCUGAGCCGUGUAGUGGAGAAUCGCAGAAGGGAAAGGAUAUUGAGGGGGAAGAAAAGGCACGACAGGGAUCGCGUCCCUGUACCCCAGCGUCAUCUUGCUCGAAUCCUGAACGCUUAAUCAAGCGCACCUGGCAGGAUAACGAGCGCGGCGGGGGUGCCGCAGUAGAUAUUAUGCAAUAG